GCCCAUAGUCUCUUAUAUCUUUCUCUCUGUACACACUCCCAACCAUUUCUUGAAAAGAAAGCCACUCCCAAUCCCAAAUCUCUCUCUCUCUCUCUCUCAAUUUUAACGGAAAAAUGGGACAAGGAACCCCAGGCGGCCUGAACCGCAACCCCGGCGACAAAAAACCGGACGGCGACAAGAAAGAAAAGAAGUUCGAACCGGCCGCUCCACCAUCUCGAGUCGGCCGCAAACAGCGCAAGCAAAAAGGCUCGGAGGCGGCGUCACGGCUCCCAACAGUAACGCCGUUAACAAAAUGUAAGCUGAGGCUCCUAAAAUUAGAUAGAAUAAAGGACUAUUUGUUGAUGGAAGAGGAGUUUGUUGCCAACCAGGAGCGAUUGAAGCCUCAGGAGGAGAAGACUGAGGAGGAUAGAAGUAAGGUCGAUGAUCUACGGGGCUCGCCGAUGAGUGUGGGGAGUCUGGAGGAGUUGAUUGAUGAGAAUCAUGCUAUUGUUUCGUCUUCGGUUGGUCCUGAGUAUUAUGUUGGGAUCUUGUCGUUUGUCGAUAAGGAUCAGCUUGAGCCUGGUUGUGCUAUUUUGAUGCACAAUAAGGUCCUAUCUGUUAUUGGACUGCUACAGGAUGAUGUUGAUCCUAUGGUGUCUGUAAUGAAAGUUGAGAAAGCCCCUCUAGAAUCAUAUGCUGAUAUAGGCGGCCUAGAUGCCCAGAUACAGGAAAUUAAAGAAGCUGUUGAGCUUCCCUUGACACACCCAGAGCUGUAUGAAGACAUUGGUAUCAAGCCACCUAAGGGGGUCAUACUUUAUGGAGAGCCUGGUACAGGAAAGACCUUGCUUGCUAAGGCAGUGGCAAACUCUACAUCAGCCACUUUCUUACGAGUUGUUGGAAGUGAAUUGAUCCAAAAGUAUCUUGGAGAUGGUCCAAAAUUGGUGAGAGAACUCUUUAGAGUUGCUGAUGAUCUUUCUCCUUCUAUUGUCUUUAUUGAUGAAAUUGAUGCAGUGGGUACAAAAAGGUAUGAUGCACACUCAGGUGGGGAACGUGAAAUUCAGAGGACCAUGUUGGAACUUCUGAACCAGUUGGAUGGUUUUGAUUCAAGAGGAGAUGUGAAGGUUAUCCUGGCCACUAACAAAAUUGAAAGCCUUGAUCCUGCACUGCUCCGACCCGGGCGAAUAGAUAGAAAGAUUGAAUUCCCUCUCCCUGAUAUUAAAACCAGGAGGCGCAUUUUUACGAUUCAUACUUCAAGAAUGACGUUAGCUGAUGACGUGAAUUUAGAAGAAUUUGUUAUGACUAAAGAUGAGUUUUCUGGUGCUGAUAUCAAGGCAAUAUGUACUGAAGCUGGUUUGCUUGCACUAAGGGAGCGUCGUAUGAAGGUAACACAUGCAGAUUUUAAGAAGGCUAAAGACAAGGUCAUGUUCAAGAAGAAGGAAGGGGUCCCAGAGGGACUUUACAUGUGAAAACUCUUGGUUCUUGCAAACAAAUUGAAUCGUUCAUUACAAUUUCAGUUCUUAGCUUUUAAUUUAACAACAGUAGUGUUGUCAUCCUGAAAGGAAAGUCCUGGUUGGAACAUUUUCGAUAUUAGUAAAUCCUUAGUCUAUCACCUAAGCAAGUAUUUGGUUUUAAAUGCAGAAGAGCUUCAAUUUGCAAUGUAAUCUGUACAAUUUGUUAUGGUGAGACUGAAGGCUUGUUAAUUUUUUAUUAUAAUAUCAAUGGUUAUUGAA